AUGGCUACCGACGACGACAACUUUGACAUUGAUAUCUACGGGGAUGGCACCUACAACGCCAAUGAUCCCGCCGGUCAGGACGACUCGGAGCUGAUUCUGGAUGCUCCCGAGAAUCUGCCUGCUAGCACCGACGGCGCGAAUGACAAGCCCCGCCAGUCUACUACCUCCGACCGUGCCGCGAACGAGCGUGCCGCUCAGCCUCUCCAGCCUGUUCAGUCCGUCCAGUCUGUGAACCACGGACCUGGCUCUGAGCAGCAGGCUUCCACCAACACCCCACCCACUCACCCCCAGGGUACCAAGCGCAAGGAAAUCGACGAGAAGCCCUCCGACCCUGAUGCCACCGCCGCGCUGCUGAUCAGCGAGAUUUCCUGGUGGCUUACUGAGGAAGACGUUCGAGGCUGGAUCAACGCCUCGGGCGCUGAACCCGAUGUUAAGGAAUUGACCUUCAGUGAGCACAAGGUCAACGGCAAGAGCAAAGGACAAGUCUAUGCUCUGUUCAGUACCCCUCAGGCCGCCACCAUUGCCAAGAAGGCGAUUGUCCAGACCACCGAUGGUAGUCGCGGCCAUAGCGCGGCCUAUGCCAACCCUGUCAACAAUCCAUUCAAGACCUUGCCCAAGGAUACACCUAUGCGCCAGAAUAAUGCAACUCCCCGUGGCAACUAUCAUGGCGGCAAUAACUAUGGUCACAACAACAAUGGCAACUUCCGCGGUGGUCGAGCAAACUACAACAACAACCGUGGAAACUACAACAAUUUCAACAACCGUGGUGGCCACAAUAACUUUAACCCCAUGCCUUUCCAGGGCGGAAACAACAACCCCAUGAUGGGUAACUUCGGCCCAAUGGGCGGUAUGAACUACGGAUUCAACCGCGGCGGUCCCAUGAUGGGAAAUAUGCGUGGCGCUCCUCGCGGCCGUGGCCACAUGGGAGGAAACAUGAUGCCAAUGGGAAUGAACCCCGCUAUGGGAGGUAUGGGCGGCAUGAACCCCAUGAUGAACCCCAUGAUGCCUGGAAUGGCCCCCAACAUGGGCGGUAACAUGAACAUGCAAGGCCAACCCCCCUUCCAAGGUGGUCAUGCUCCGUUCAACCAAACCCAUGGCCACAACCAGGGCGGAUUCUACAACAACAACCAAACCGGCGGCCAUGGAUCCAACCCUCACGGUGCCAAGCGCAGCCGUCAAGACUAA